AUGGUUCCCACAGUCGUGAUUCUCGGCGGUGCAUAUGGUGGUCUUCAGAUCGCCCACAGCCUGCUCAAAAACAACAAGGAGGCGAAAGUCAUCCUAGUUUCCAAGAACAGCCACUUUUAUUGGAACCUCGCCUCGGUGCGCGCCAUUGUGCCGGGCAGUGUCGAGGACAAGCAAUUGUUUCUAUCUCUGGCAGAUGCGCUCUCCCGCUACUCCAAGGAGCGCUAUGAGAUCGUCAUUGGCUCGGCAGAGUCUGUCGAUACCAACACCAAGACAGUCAAGGUUGCCAUCCCUGGCACCGCAGAGCAACGGGCCAUCUCCUACGACCAGCUUGUCCUGGCCACAGGCUCCCGGAACACCCAGCCGGAAAGGCGUGCUGAUGCCGCCGCUGACGAAGCCGUCCCUGCGACGCCAUGGAAGGCAGACGGCACCUACGAAGACAUCACGGCCCUUCUCGACACCACGCGGGAGAAGGUCAAGGCCGCCAAGCGCAUUGUUAUCGCUGGCGGCGGCGCCACGGGCGUCGAGGUCGCUGCUGAGCUCGGCCAUGCAUUCGGUGGUAAGCCGGCCGACAAGGGAGGCAAAGAAAUUAUCUUGCUAUCGGCCGGCGCCGAAAUUCUGAGUGGCGACGCGAUUGCCGGAUCCGCCCUCAACAAGCUGAAGAAGCUCCACGUCGAUGUGCGCACUGGCGCUGGCGUCUCGGCAGCACACACGCUGCCCGAUGGUCGCGUCGGGCUGACCGUGGCAGGCGCGUCGGAGCCACUCGUCGCCGAUCUAUACCUGGCCGCCGUGGGCCUGACGCCCAACACCGAGUACCUCGACGCGUCCCUCCUCACUGAUCGCAAGACGGUCGAUGUCGACGAGUUCUACCACGUCAAGGGCGUGGCCAGUAAGGACGUUUGGGCCGUGGGCGACAUUGUCAGCAAGCCGCGUGCUGGGUUUGUCAUUACAAUGAAACAGGCCGAGGGCGUGGCCAAGAACGUAGACGUUGUUUUAAAGGGCAAGGCGCCACAGGCUGUGAAGCUGCUUCCUGUCGACGUCUUGGUCGUGGCGGCCGGCCCCAACCGUGGUACGGGCCGUGUUGGCUCGUUGCGCCUACCGUCCCUGGCUGUGCGGUAUAUUAAGGCGCGCACACUGGGCCUGCAGAUGCUGUCAGGCUUCCGGGACGGCAGCGCGGCCUAG